UCUUGUCAGUAUCACUGCUUGAUAUUAUCCAUCACCGAAAAUAUGUGUCAAAGUGUGUGAUUUAUUGAACCAUAAAUCCCUCUCUCAGGUGUAAUAAGGGGCCUUGGCAAAGCUUCUUCUCAGUCAUUGUCAGUGACAUAACGGUGAUGCACUGGCUCCGUGAUAGACAUGAAUAAUAAGGACCUAAGCAAACAGAGGUGCCUCCUCUGCCUCAGUGCUAUACAUCUGGAUCACCAUCAUGGUGAUGUGCAGCUUGAUUCAAGUCACUUACAACAAACCACAUGGCUUACAGGUCCAUCCACAUCGUGGCUCUGGGCAGCGAGUGCCCCGGAGGAGUGGGGCCCGGGGAGGAGAUCAUGGGCCAGGGGCAGCUGCAGGGAGGCCUGCUGUGGAGCUACCUGGGCCAUGGAGCUCUGGUGGGACCCUGCGACCUGGAGAGCAGCAUGCACAACCCGGCCUUCAUGGAGUACAGCUCCCUUGUGUUUGGAGAUGUCACUGUGGUGGUCCGGGAUUGCCCCAGCUGGGACUUGUUGGACAGUGAUUGGGCCAGUGUACGGAAAGUUCUUGAGCAGGCAGACAUCCUGGUCAUUAAAUAUUCAGUCACCGAUAAGCUGGCCUUCCAGCAGGUCCGAAACGGCUACGCCCCGAGACUCCGCCCUCUCCUGAGACACUGGGGUGUGCCGGUCAUCCUGGUUGCUGUUGGAGCACGGCUAAACGAUGAAGGCCCUCCGUGUACCUGUCCGCUGUGUGCGUCCGACUGGAGCAGCUGUGUGCCUCACAGUGAGGGUCUGCAGCUGUCCCGGGACCUGGGGGCCACCUACCUCGAGCUGCCCUCUCUCAACCACGUCUUUGUGGGACGCUACUUCGGCAGCGUGCUGGAGUACUUCAUGAUUCAGUGUCUGAAACACAAAGCCAAAGAGAGGCCGGAGAAGAGAAGAGGAAAUAAAGAGAACGAUCUUCGUCCUCCUCACUUAGAGCAACCAGCACGUCUCCCCCCCAUCCGAGUGGAGGAGUCCAGCUUCUCCCAGGACAUGCAGUGGUUGUUGGAGCGCGGUGUGCAGUUCGCCGAUGUGGCUUUCUACGCCGGGGACUCUGGGAAAGAGCUGGGAUGGGCGCACGCUGCGAUUCUGUGUGCCGUCAGUCCGUACUUCAGACAGCUGCUCCUGGGGCCCAAGACCAGGGAACGCCCCCAGUCGCGGUGUGUUUGCAGAGAGCGUGAUGGAGGCCCCAACUCGCUGCUCUCCACCUGGGAUGGGGCGAUUAUUGACGACAUGCCACGAUCAGAGGCGCACUCGACAGGACGCCUCUCUCGUCUGGUGGUGAAGGACCCCCUCCUGUGUAUGUGCUUGUGGGAGACCCUCAUGUUCAUUUAUAGAGGAGCGUGGGAGUGGGAUCACCUACAGGAGGCGCUGGAAGAGAAGCUGAAGAAUACGCUCGCUGCGGCUCAGCUGAUUGAGCGCAUACGAUCCCUCAUCGGCAAAGAAAAGGGCCCCAGGGACACCCCCAGCGCCAGGGAGGCUCAGCUCGGCCCCCAGACUCUUGUCAACCUCUUCAAUUCUCCUCUCUACUCUGACGUCAUCUUCAUGGUGCAAGGGAGUGUGUUGCCAGCCCACCGAGCGGUGCUGGUGGCUCGCUGCGACGUCAUGGCGGCCAUGUUCAGCGGGAAGUAUGCCGAGGCCCGGAGCCGAGUGGUGCCCAUCCACGGAGUCUCCUCAGACACCUUCCUGUCCUUCCUGGAGUAUCUCUACACUGACUCCUGCUGUCCUGCCAGUGUGCUGCAGGCCAUGGCCGUGCUGGUGUGUGCCGAGAUGUACCAGGUGAAGCGUCUGCAGCACCUGUGUGAGGUGUGUGUGUGCGCCUACCUUCAGAGCAUGCCCAGUAGAGAGCUGUCGUCGACGGGCAUCAGCGUGAUCAGACUCCUCCGCCGAGCAAAGUGCCACAAUGCAGAGCAGCUGUACAUCUGGCUCCUUCACUUUAUCGCCAACAACUACCUGAUCUUCAGUCACAAACCUGACUUCCUGGAGCUCUCAGAGGAGGAGCGGGAGCAGGUGGAGAGGCUACGCUGGCCGUCCAGAGGCUACCUGCAGGAGCUCAGCGAGUACCAGCAGAGGAGACGCAAGCUACGCAAGUCCCGCUGCAUAGUCAUGUGACCUCACCUGGAUGC